AUGCUGUCUAUCAGGGAAUACGAGGAGAAAACUGGUAAGCUUACUAUUGUUGGCAUUUUCAUCUUUGAGUGGCAGGAUACGAACAUGAGAUGGGAUCCUAGUGUCUAUGGUGGCAUACCUUCCUUCUUGAUCCCGCAAAGUGAGGUAUGGAAACCGGAAAUUGUCAACGCAAAGCCAUAUGAGAAGAGAGAACCGCUGGGGUUUGACAGAGUGAGUGUCCGUGUGCUUGCGGACGGGAAGAUGUUAUGGAUGCCCGGGGAUGUGUACCAGACCACAUGUUCCGCUGACGUCACGUAUUUUCCGUUUGACGUACAUCAGUGUAAAUAUGUCUUCUCACCAUGGAUGUAUUUACUCGGCGAAUUGAUUCUUCAACCCACAUUUGAUGAAAUGGAUCUUGAGCUGUUCACUCCAAGUGGUCUAUGGGAAUUGAAAGGGACAGAAAUAGCUGUGGAUAGUGUACUAGGUGGUCAUCUGUUAUUUCUAAUUAUAACAUUUAAACGCCGUCCGACUUUCCAUAUUGUUAAUAUCUUGGCGCCCAUAAGUGUCAUGGGACUUUUGAAUGUGAUGGUGUUCCUUCUUCCCGCAGAAUCAGGUGAACGAGUGGGAUUUUCUAUAACUGUAUUGCUUGCAAUGUCUGUGUUUCUAACUAUCAUUUCCGACAGCCUGCCAAGUACAAGCCAACCCAGUAUACCCAGAAUAUCGUAUCUAUUACUAGGAGAUUUGGUGAUAGGUACAGUUAUCACAAUAUGUACGAUUCUUGUACUACGGUUGCACCAUAAACGUGAUGACGAGGAUGUCCCACGGUGGCUCCGGUGUAUGUCCUGCACAAAAUGUUGCUCCAAAUCCAAAAGGGAGAUGAGGAGAAGGUCAAAUAGUGAUGCAUCAUCAGAAACGUUCUCCAAUUUGUGCGCUGACGGAUUUUAUUCCCAGCCUAUAGAUAACGUGUCGUCGACUCAAGACAACAGAAGAUUGUAUCAAGGGAGGAUCAACAAGACUGGACACGUUCAGUGUAGAUCAGGACAUCGCAUGGAAACAUGGGACAAUCACUACCAACAUGACCUGAAUAUACCACGUCAUGACACUAUUGAGGGACAUCCCAGUGACGACAGAAGCAGACAGGAAUCACAAAACUCCUCAUCCGAGCCUCACAGUAUUGUCAAAUGGAAAAACGUUGCUGACUUCUUUGACGUUUUAUUUUUCCUAUUUUUCCUUGUACUUAUCAUUGCCAAAAACAUAAUUUCUGUUUUGGUAUUUAUUGGAAACAUUUAA